UUGUUGUGUUAUAUAAAGGCAGGCCUUAUACUGUCAGCUGAUUUCUCCAGUGUCUGUCUGUUCUAUCCCUACCAUGGCCCCAAUGCCCUCCUUGUUGCUGCUGCUGCUCUGGGGCUCCUUCUCCUUUACACUGCAGGACUGGGCAGCCCCUCGUUAUAAUGUCAGCCUGGACCUGCCACCCGAACAACGCUGGAAGGCAAUUCUCUCGCAUUACAACCAAACCUACCUCAAAGAGAGCAUGGAAUUCAUCUACAAAUCAUCAAUACCAAAAUGGGUCCAAGCCAUCAUCCUUCCUCUGGCAGAAAUUGACAUAAUAUUUUUAGUCCGGGAACCCUAUGCUGAUGAGAUAAGAGGAAUAGCUAGAACACUUGAAGUCAGUGUUGGAUAUAUAUUGGGUGUAAACCUUGCCUAUGAAGCUACAGCGUAUUGCACUAGUAUAAUUGCUCAAGACACAAAAGGAAAUAUUUAUCAUGGGAGGAACUUGGACUAUGCCUUUCCUGAAAUACUCAGAAACCUCACCGUGGAUUUGGAUUUUAUUCAGAAUGGAACGAUUGCAUAUACAGGAACCACCUUCCUAGGUUAUGUCGGAUUAUGGACUGGUCAAAGCCCCUACAAGUUUACUGUAUCAGGGGAUGCAAGAGCAAAAGGAAAGUGGUGGGAGAAUGCCAUUGCUGCUUUUUUCAAGAGAAGCUCACCUGUCAGCUGGCUGGUAAGAGAUGUAUUGUAUAAUGCCAGAGAUUUUGAGAAUGCUGCACUGCAGCUUUCAAAGACCCCAAUUAUCGCUGAUACGUAUUACAUCUUGGGUGGCACUCAGUCAAGAGAAGGAUUGGUCAUCACCAGAAAUAGGAAUGGACCUGCAGACCUCUGGCCUUUGGAUCCCCAAAGAGGAGAAUGGUUCCACGUAGAAACAAACUAUGACCACUGGACCACCCCACCACCAUAUGAUGACCGACGAACUCCAGCUAUAAAAGCCCUGAAUGCAACUGGACAAGCAAACAUCAAUGCAGUCUCGUUAUAUAAGGUGCUGUCUGUAGAGCCAGUGCUAAACCAUAUGACCAUCUAUACAACAACAAUGAGUGCUGCUUUUCCUGAGGAAUACUCAACUCAAAUUAGAAACCCAAUAUAAAGAUAGCAGUUGUGUGGACAAGGAGUGUAUUUCGUUUGGCAUUCCCUACUAUGCCUCCCUUCCUUCUUUACAACAUUGCUCUUGGGACCAUGUUAUUAAAUAAGUGCCAAUGUGAUUUUUGUUUUUCUACAGAAAGUUUAAAAUGAUUGCUGUGAAGAUCCACCUGAAAUGCAUCUAUGCAUUUUACUAUGAUGUGCCACAAAUGAACCACUCAUAAGUGCCUAUAGAGUCAUGUACUACCAAUUUCCAAGUGCCAUUGUUUAUGUUCUGUCAAUCUGCUUGUGGUAUUUACAUGUUGCAAUGUCUUUUCAGCUGUUUUGAAGUUGGUCAUUUUUUAUAUUUAAAAUCACAUUUUCACAUUUUUUCACAUUACAAAAUAAGAUUUCAAGGAAAAUACAUGUGGAUACAAGUGUGGAUGAGUAGACAGCAAACUAUCUUACUCUAUUUGCACUCCCACUCCAAAAUGGACACAGAAUACCAGAUCCGAGAUAGGGCCCUUACUGUGAACCCACAGGCCCGGAUUCAGAUAGAGAUACGACGGUGUAUCUCCUGAUACGCCGUCGUAUCUCUGAGUUCCGACGGU